AUGUCAAGUAAGGGCAGAAAAAAACGAAAUACUCGUAGGCAAAGGUAUGAGGACAAUGAGGAGGAUGCCCAAAGUGAAUUCAACUACAUGUCAGAAAGGGAUUCUAGAAAGACUGAAGGUGAGUCACUAGGUUUUGCAUUGGGACAGACAAACCGAGAAAAUAAUGCAGUAAUGUGUACUCCUACUCCUAUGAUAAAUCUGACGUUACCAACUCCAGAUACCUUCUCUUUUACUCCGAAUGAGUGGCAUUCCUGGAGGAAUCGCUUUCAAAGGUACAGACGGGGGUGCGGUCUAGAUAGCACUUCCGACGCUCGGCAAAUCGAUGUACUUUUGUUUACAAUGGGUAGUAGGAGUGAAGAUAUUUUCGAUUCGUUUUCACCAAAACCGAAUACUUAUGACGAGGCUCUUCGGGCCUUUGAUGCAUACUUUGUACCAAGACGAAAUAUCAUUUAUGAGAGAACAAAAUUUCUGAGACACAAGCAAGGGAGUGAUCCAUCUGAAAAAUUCAUAACAGAUUUGCAUGGUCUUGCAAAAACGUGUGCAUGGGGUGAACUGAACGAUGAGAUGGUGCUUCUGGUCCUCAUUAUUGGUAUGAAAGAUGAGGCUCUAAGUGAUAGACUCCAGCUGGACUCUCAAUUGACUCUGGAGAAGGCGAUUAAUACCUUGCGCCAACACGAGGAGCUAGAACGCCAAAAACGUGAGCUCGCCAAUACUAAUGUUUUUAUGGUGAAUCAAACGUCAAUACAAGUCGGUAAAACAAAUCUGUCUGAAAGAGCUGGUGAACAGAAAUUCACCGAGGAUGCUAUGAGAAAAAAGUGCAGGAAAUGUGGUUAUAACUGGCACGGAUCACUGGCCGAAUGCCCCGCUAGGAAAGCCAAAUGUGACAAAUGUUCCGAGAUUGGACAUUUUUUUCGAUGUUGUCCCUCCCGCGAAAAGUGGAUGAGAAAAAACAAAAACGUUGUUAAGGAAAUCGAACAGCAAGAUUCAGACAGUGGUUAUCAACAGGUUCCUGAGAUUUUCAUAGGGAAUAUAGACAGCAGUGACAAAGCCUGGGUCCAGGAGGUAAAAGCAAGCUGUGGAAACCAAGAUUUAGGUCUUAUAAAAUUUAAACUUGACACAGCAGCUGAUGUAACCAUGAUUCCAGUAGGAGUUCUUGGUGAUUUUAUUAAGACUCUGCCUCUAGGAAAGUGCAAAUCCCCUGUGUUUAGCGCAAAGAAGAAAGAACGAAUCAAUAUUUUGGGAACUUUAAGGCUAAAGCUUGAACAUAAGGGUGUAUCAGUUUAUGAUCUUGCGUAUAUUUCUGAAGAGAUCACUGUUCCACUUCUUAGCAGACGUUCCUGUGAAGAGCUGAACCUGGUGAGGAGAAUUUUUUCUGUAGAUUCACAUGAUAUUGACUGGGCUACUAAGUAUCCUAAUUUAUUUCAAGGACUGGGAAAUAUGAAAGGAGAGUACAAGAUUGAAAUGAAGGAGAAUGCAGUUCCUUACGCUAUAUCCACCCCCAGGGUUGUACCAAUACCUUUAAAAACCAAGGUGAAAGAGCAGUUAGACGAUAUGCUUGAGAAAGGAGUGAUUGUUCCAGUUGAACACGCGACUGAUUGGUGCGCACCAAUGGUAGUUUGCGCAAAAAAGGGAGGUGGGGUUAGGAUCUGCGUAGACCUAUCCAAACUCAACAACAGUGUGAAACGUCGGUUUUAUCCUAUCCCAAAGAUCGAACUUUCAUUGGCCGAGAUCGCGGGAGCCAAGUACUUCAGCAAGAUCGAUGCGAAUUCCGGGUUCUGGCAACUGAACCUUGCAGAGGAGUCACAAGAUUACACAACAUUUAUCACCCCUUUUGGGAGGUAUAAAUUCCGUAAGUUACCUUUUGGAAUUACGUCCGCUCCUGAAGAGUUUCAGCGCCGCAUGUCAAAAGCUUUAGAAGGGGCAAAGAACUGUUUAGUGCACAUUGACGACUGUCUGAUAUGGGGAAGAACGAAAGAAGAACACGACGAGUGUCUUAGGGCCGUUCUAGAGAGAGUGCAAGCUAAUGGAAUCACCUUGAAUAAGCAGAAGUCGGAGUUCUGCAAGAAGACUGUGACAUUUCUGGGGUUUGUGCUGUCUAAGGACGGAAUCAAGCCUGAUCCAAGCAAGGUACAAGCGAUUGUGGACUUACCAGCUCCAAGAAACGCUAAUGAAGUACAAAGAUUCAUGGGCAUGAUCACUUUUCUGGCAAAAUUUAUUCCGAACCGCAGUGAGAUUUUGGAGCCAAUUACGAGCUUGUUAAAGACUAAAAACGAUUUCCUUUGGGGACCAGCUCAAGAAAACGCUUUUGUCACAGUAAAACAGAUUUUAUCAUCAGAGCCAUGUUUGACUGUUUACGAUCCGCAAAAACCCUCGAUUCUUUCUUGCGAUGCUUCAAAAAAAGGUCUUGGAGCGGUUUUACUUCAAGUUGAAGGAGAAAACAAGAAACCUGUGGCAUAUAUAUCUCGGACUCUAACGCCUGCUGAAGAAAACUAUAGUAACAUUGAGAGAGAAGCGCUUGCGUGCACAUGGGCAAGUGACCGUUUGAAAUGUUUCCUGAUGGGAAAAGACCUUGCCAUAGCAGAUCUACUAUCAAGAAGUCCUAUUCCGGCUGACGAAGAUGGCGAAUUGGCCGAAGAAGUGGAAGCCUUCGUCCACGAAAUCAGUCUGAUUAGUAUAAACACUACAGAUGAAAAUGUGACAAAGGUACUUCACUCACAAAUGAGAGAUCCAAUCUGUGCACAACUUAAGUUACAAAUUUUAGACGAAUGGCCUGUAAAAUCAAGUUUACCUAAUGAGAUUCAAGAGUACUUUAAUGUGAAAGACGAGUUAAGUUGUAUUGAUGGGCUAUUGCUUCGAGGAACUCGGAUGAUAAUACCUCAAGAACUACGAGCGGAAAUGCUCGAGAGGCUUCACAGUGGACACUUGGGAAUCACAAAAACAAGGAAACGUGCUUUGGGAACCAUGUGGUGGCCUGGAAUUUCUCAAGAAAUAGAAAGGAAAAUCAAAUCGUGUCCAGUGUGUAUUCAGAACUCAACUAAUCACAGUGAACCAUUGAUUCCGAGAACUGUCCCGGAUUACCCGUGGCAAAAUGUGUCUGUUGACUUGUUCAAACACGAAGACAAGUGGUAUAUGGUUAUCGUGGAUCACUACUCAAGAUACUUUGAAGUCGAGGAAAUGCAUCGAAUGAGGGCUUCAGAUGUGAUUCGGGUUUGCAAAACCACAUUUUCACGUUUUGGAAUUCCUCAACGUGUUUAUUCAGAUAGUGGGACACAAUUUCACCAUAUUGACUCAAGUGAAUUUAAAUUGUUUGCAAAGGAGUGGGGGUUCUCCACAUUCAGAAGUAGUCCCCACCACCAUCAGGGAAAUGGGGCAGCUGAAGCAGCUGUGAAAGUAGCAAAAGGGCUAAUGAAGAAAAACAAGGAUAAAUUUGAACUUGCCCUACUUUCUUACCGGACCUCACCUCUUGAAACCGGCUUUUCCCCAUCUGAACUUAUGUUUGGAAGGAAAUUAAGAGACAAUCUUCCAUCUACUUUGGUUGGAAAUCCUGUGGAAAAUAAGAAUUUUCUUGAGAGGGAGAAUAAGUACCAGAAUAAGUACAAGAUACAAUUUGAUAAACGACAUGGAGCGAGUGGUUUAAGUGAAUUAGAAGUUGGAAGCAUGGUAUGGAUCACAGAUCUUCGUCGACAUGGUAAGGUAGUCAGGAAAUUGAACGAACCACGUUCCUACCUUGUGGAAACUGACAAGAGAACUAUUCGCCGAAACAGGAAGUUCUUAGUUCCUGCACCGUACUACGGAGGAGAUGGAAUUCUUUCAAACUGUUCAUCCAUGGUCCUUAAUCGUCCAUGCAACUCACGUGAUCGUCCAGGAGCACACAGUAACCCGUUACGGAAGGUCCAUUAA